UCUAUCUUCUUCUUCUUCAACAUCAAAUCUCCAAUUCGGAUCAAUGGCUUCUCACUCUCUCGUCUCUUCUCCUCAUCCCUUAGCUCCCUUCUCCUCUCACCAUCACCAUCGUCUCCACCACUCCCCCAAUCUCUCCACUCUCCCUUUCCCCAAACCAAUCAAAACCAAACCCAAUCACUCCCUCCAAUGCUCCGUCUCAAUCGAGAAAGAAGUCCCCGAAACGGAACGACCCUUCACCUUCCUCAGAGACUCCGACGACUCCUCCCACUCCUCCUCCUCCUCAACUUCAGUCAGAGCUCGUUUCGAGACCAUGAUUAGAGCUGCUCAGGACAGCGUCUGCGAGGCCAUCGAAGCCGUCGAAAACGGUCCGAAGUUCAAAGAAGACGUCUGGUCUCGUCCCGGCGGAGGCGGCGGGAUCAGCCGCGUGUUGCAGGACGGGAAUGUGUUUGAGAAGGCUGGGGUGAAUGUCUCUGUGGUUUACGGUGUGAUGCCUCCCGAAGCUUACAGAGCUGCGAAAGGCUCUGCUUCGGAUCAGAAGCCUGGUCCGGUUCCGUUCUUUGCUGCGGGAGUUAGUUCGGUUUUGCAUCCUAAGAACCCUUUUGCGCCGACUCUGCAUUUUAAUUAUCGUUAUUUCGAGACUGAUGCUCCAAAGGAUGUUCCUGGAGCUCCGAGGCAGUGGUGGUUUGGUGGUGGAACUGAUUUUACGCCGGCUUACAUCUUUGAAGAGGAUGUCAAGCAUUUUCAUUCGAUUCAAAAGCAAGCGUGUGACAAGUUCGACCCUUCUUUCUAUCCACGAUUCAAGAAGUGGUGUGAUGACUACUUUUACAUCAAGCACCGUGAUGAGAGACGAGGACUUGGAGGGAUAUUUUUUGACGAUCUUAAUGACUAUGAUCAAGAAAUGCUUCUGAAAUUCUCUACUGAAUGUGCGAACUCAGUGGUACCGGCUUAUAUACCUAUAGUGGAGAAGAGGAAAGACAUGGAAUUUACAGAGCAGCACAAGGCAUGGCAACAGUUGCGAAGAGGAAGAUAUGUCGAAUUCAACUUGGUUUAUGAUCGUGGAACGACAUUUGGUUUGAAGACGGGAGGGAGAAUAGAGAGUAUUCUUGUCUCUCUUCCGCUGUCAGCAAGAUGGGAGUAUGACCAUAAACCGGAAGAGGGGACUGAGGAGUGGAAGCUGUUGGAUGCUUGUAUCAACCCCAAGGAGUGGAUAUAGCAUGUUUUCUAUUGAGACUUGAGUGAUGUUGUUUCUAUUGUUUCUUGUUUGUUUAGUGGAUUAGAUUAUUGAAGAGAUGAAGGAUUUUGUAAGGUGAUGUGCAUGUUAACAUGUGUCUGAAACGCCGAGUGGCUACCAAGACAAACUUAGGUGAUGUGCAUGUUACCAAUGCUGUAUUUUCACAAGUGACAUGUUUAUCUACAAGCUCCAAUCCAAUUCAA